GAGAGCUUUCACUACGGAGAUGGCUGCCAAAGUGUGCAGAUCUGUACUUCUCUUGUCCCGGAGCGGCGGAGCGGCGGCGGGCAGCCUCCCCGCGCUUGUCGCGUCUUCACAGCGACGCCAUCAGCACAUAAGACCGCAGGAGGCUCUGUCUGCUCCUCUCUCGCACCAGACCGUCAGGAGAGCACAUGGCCUACGAUCAGCAGCCCACUCCACACUCUUCACCCAGCCGCCCACCGCCCUGUCUCCACAGGUUUGGAGGGGCGCCCCCUCAUGGCAAGGCCAGAGACUGUUGUGUUCUCCUGCCGCUCCAGAAGAGGUGACGGUGGUGUAUCAGAACGGGCUGCCGGUCAUCUCCGUAAGUUUGCCGUCCCGGCGAGAACGCUGCCAGUUCACCCUCAAGCCGCUCAGUGACUGUGUGGGCGUCUUCCUGCAACAGCUCCAGGCAGAAGACCGAGGCAUCGACCGGGUAGCCAUCUACUCCACAGAUGGGGCGAGGGUGGCCUCCUCCACAGGUAUAGACAUCCUGCUGCUGGAUGAUUUCAAGCUUGUCAUCAACGACACCACACACCUGGUGCGACCACCGCGGAGAGAGCUGCUGGCCCACGAGGAGGCGGAGAGGCUGAAUGACGUCAAGCUGCUGGUGCAGCAGCUCUACACCACCCUGCGCAUCGAGGAGCACCAGCUCUGCAAAGAACGCGAGCUGAUUGGAAGACUGGAGGACCUCAACUCUCAGCUCCGCCCCCUGGAGAAGGUGAAGGAGGAGCUGAGCAAGAAGGCGGAGCGACGCACCACCUGGGUCCUGUGGGGCGGCAUGGCCUACAUGGCCACCCAGUUCGGCAUCCUGGCCAGGCUGACCUGGUGGGAGUACUCCUGGGAUAUUAUGGAGCCCGUCACCUACUUCAUCACGUACGGCACCGCCAUGGCCAUGUACGCCUACUUCGUGCUGACUCGCCAGGAGUAUAUCUAUCCCGACGCCAGGGACAGACAGUACCUGCUGUUCUUCCACAAGGGGGUGAAGAGGACUCGCUUCGACGUUGACAAGUACAACAAGCUGAAGGACGACAUCGCCGAGGUGGAACUGGAUCUGAAGCGUUUGCGGGACCCGCUCCAGCUCCAGCUCCCAGUACAGCAGCUCACCACCAGUAAAGAUUGACGGGACGACUGAGAGCUCCUCCCCUCCUGUCUGAGCUCCUACAUCUCCCUCCUCAGCCCCCCCCACCCCCCCACCCACUCCUCUCUGUCUACCUUCAGUUCUCCCCCCUCAACUAUCCUCCCCCAACACCCCAUCCAUUUCCCUCCCCGACCUCCCCCAACUCCUAAGUGAGCCUAUCCCUUUCCUGACUGUGGGAGUUGGUUUUCUUUCUUUUUUCUUUUCUUUCUUUUUCUUUUUUGUUUUUUUUUCCUUCGUUUUCACUUUCUUGACUGAAAACUCCGAUUCGAUUUGCAAGCGAAACCAGUAAAAGUGGACGAUGGUGAGAACAGGAACUGGAACCCUCGUAUAGCUGAGGGUGGUUAGGAAGAUGGAAGAUGAAGAUGA